AUGGAUGGAUCCACAUCUGUUGGAAGGUGGAGAGGGAAGCAAGGAUGGAUCCUCCGAUCCAGACGGAGUACUUGCGCUCUGGUGGGGCGAUGA